AUGGUGGUCCAUGUGAGGCUGUGCCUUGCCCUGAACUCAGUCCAUCUCCCAGACAAGAGCAGGCGCUUCUCUACCGGCCUCCAGUCUGACUUGGCUGCUGGCUUCCGCUACCUGUGGCCUCCGGGUGUCUUGGUUGCUAUAAAAUCCAUUCGUAAGGACAAAAUUAAGGAUGAACAGGACAUGGUUCACAUCAGACGAGAGAUUGAGAUCAUGUCAUCCCUCAGCCAUCCUCAUAUCAUCAGUAUUUAUGAAGUGUUUGAAAACAAAGACAAGAUUGUGAUCAUCAUGGAGUAUGCAAGCAAAGGGGAGCUGUAUGACUACAUCAGUGAGAGGCGACGCCUCAGCGAGAGGGAGACCCGGCACUUCUUCCGACAGAUCGCCUCUGCCGUGCACUAUUGUCACAAGAAUGGUGUGGUCCACCGGGACUUGAAGCUGGAAAAUAUAUUGCUCGAUGACAACUGUAAUAUUAAGAUUGCUGACUUUGGGCUUUCCAACCUGUAUCAGAAGGACAAGUUCUUGCAAACGUUUUGCGGGAGCCCACUCUACGCAUCUCCUGAAAUUGUCAAUGGGAGGCCCUACCGAGGGCCAGAGGUGGACAGCUGGGCCCUGGGUGUGUUGCUGUACACUCUCGUCUAUGGAACGAUGCCCUUUGACGGUUUCGAUCACAAAAACCUCAUUCGGCAGAUCAGUAGCGGGGAGUACCGGGAGCCCACACAGCCCUCAGCCUCUGAAGUCAUGCUGGAGCGACAGCGGUCGUUGAAGAAGUCCAAGAAAGAGAAUGACUUUGCCCAGCCUGGCCAGGACACAGUGCCUGAAAGCCCAUCCAAGCUGAGUUCUAAGAGGCCCAAGGGGAUCUUGAAGAAGAGAAGCAACAGCGAGCACCGGUCCCAUAGCACUGGCUUUAUCGAGGGCGUCGUCAGUCCCGCUUUACCUUCUGCUUUUAAGAUGGAGCAGGACUUGUGCCGGACAGGUGUGCCCCUCACCAGCUCCCCUGAGGCUGAAGUGCCCGGUAAACUGAGCCCCAAGCAGUCAGCCACCAUGCCCAAGAAAGGGAUCUUGAAAAAGACCCAGCAGAGAGAAUCGGGUUACUACUCCUCUCCGGAGCGGAGUGAGUCUUCAGAGCUGUUAGACAGUAAUGAUGGCAUGGGCAGCAGCAUCCCCUCUCCCAGUCCCCCAGACCCUGCCAGGAUGGGUGCCCACAGCCUCUCCUGCCGGAGGAAGGGCAUCUUGAAACACAGUAGCAAAUACUCAGCAAGCACCAUGGACCCGGUGCUCAACAGCCCCGAAAUGCCCACACUGGAAUCCUUGGCGGAGCCUGUCGUCCCUGCCGAGGGCCUCUCGCGGAGCUACAGCCGGCCUUCCAGCAUCAUCAGUGACGACAGUGUCCUGUCCAGCGACUCUUUCGACCUGCUGGAUUUGCAGGAGAAUCGUCCCGUCCGCCAGCGCAUCCGCAGCUGCGUCUCUGCCGAAAACUUCCUCCAGAUCCAGGACUUUGAGGGGCUCCAGAACCGGCCCCGGCCCCAGUACCUGAAGCGGUACCGGAACCGGCUGGGAGACAGCAGCUUCUCCCUUCUCACUGACAUGGAUGACGUGACUCAGGUCUACAAGAAAGCGCUGGAGAUCUGCAACAAGCUCAACUAG